CGAGGGAUGCUCGUAACCCCCCAUGGGAACUGAUGGUUUUAAAGAAGUUCGUUAUAGCCGAUAAGCCGAAAUAAUUGGCCAUUAUAGCGAAAUUAUGCGAGAAUUUGACAACCUAAUUUUAGCCAAAUGUCAACUGUCACUUUUUUGAACUACGAAUAUUAUUAAAAUAUGUUUAUUUAUUAAUUGUGCCUUAAGUUGUAAAAUUGUUUAUUCUAUUAUAUGUAAAUUACAUUAUUUUAAAAGAAAAUUUAAUAAAUAUUGCUUUAAAACAUACGAAUUUUAUUUUCCACCUGUUGGUAAUCUUUUUAUGUUGGCCUUACUGCAGUUUACAAAUGGUGUUUGUAUUGAAAUGUGCUGUCAAAUAUUUAAUUUUUAAACGAUUGUUGUUAAAAAGUGCCAAUUUGUGUGGGAUUAAUCAAUUGGAAGAAAUCUAGCCCUUCAACUGCUGACACGAUGGAGACUGCAAGAGGCAAGCACAGAGUGAAAGUGGAAAACGAGCAGAUAAAACGCAGAGAAAAAGAAUUUCUGCACGAUCAGAUGUGGGGAGGGGUUACGAAGUACUACGACCACUUCAACCAACGCAACGCGAAGUACGAAAACUGGACUUCGCCCAGAUAUUACACCAGCAGCAUGAAGCAGUUCGAAGAAUUGACGACGAAGCAAACGAAGGAGGAUUUGCUGGUAAAAAGGCGGGAAAACCUGAGAAAACUGUACGAAGACGAGGCGAGCUCGUUCGAUAUAGAAAUGAUGGUGGAGAAAAACAAGCAGUUCUGCCAACCAACCGCGAGCAAACACGACGAAGUUCCCUACCAUGUGCUGAAGGAUAUAAACGAUACAUUCAAAGAUGCCCAAGAGAUUAGGCGAAAGCAAGAGGCGGAGGCUAAGUUGUACCAACAGUGGCGGAUGAAUAGCCCCAUAGUGCGAAACUACGAGAGAGCCUACAACAAUAGGAACGUGAAGUUAUCCUGGCUGGACCAGCAGAUUGAGAAGAGGAUGAAGCGGGAGAGGGACGAAGAGGAAGACAAGAAGAUCAUAAAAGAACGCGAGGAAACACUGAAGAAACAACGCGAGCUGGAGGAAGAUCAGAAAAAGGAACUCCACGAGAAAAAUCGCCUGUACAAAACCAUGCUGGACGAGCAAGUGGUGGAACUAAAGCAAAAGCAACUCGAGGCGGAAAUGUUGAAGCAGAUUGAACGCGAAGAAUCCAAGAAGAAGAUGAGCGUGGUGGAAAUAGAAGAGAAGCACACGCAGGAGGAAAGGCGUCGACUUGAAAGGGAGUGCGCCCUCUACAACAUAAGACAACACAAACAGAAACUCAAACAGAAGGCCGUAGAUAUCCAGGAGAAUCUGGCGAUGGAGAACGAGUUGAUUCUCAAACUAAAAAAUCUAGAAAUGGAAAGGAUGAUGCAAGAUGCCAAAAAGCGUCAGCAAGUCAAGGAAAGCUUUGAGAAAUACGCCAACUUGGUCAAAAUGCAACAAGAGUUGGAAAAGGAUCGGCAAAAGCAACUGGACUUUGUUUUUGAUUCGGAAGCGAAGGACAUUUUUGAGCGCCAAACUGAACUGUGGAAGAACGAAGAAAAAUGUCGACAAAAGUUACUGAAAGAGGUGCUGGCAACCAUCAAAAAACAAAUCGAGGAUAACCUGGAGAAAAAUCGAGAACGACAAAGAGAACUCCAACGAGAAAAGAAAGAAAAUGAGGUUAACAUACAAGAAUACAAUAAGGAAUUGGAAAAGCUUGACAGAGAGAAAGAAAACAAGAAACACAACAGAAGAGUGGAGUUGGAUGAAGAUGUUAAAGUGAAGAAUGCGAGAAAAUUUCAGCAGGAAAACAUAAAAUUGAAAGAAUUGGAUGAUGAGUUGGAUAGAAUACGGAAAGAAGAAGAAAGGUUGAAGAAAGAGAUUCUAAAUAUACAGAAAAAGCAUGCUAAUGUUAGGCCUUCGACGAGUAGAACUCGUUGUUUUUAUUGAAUUGUAAUUUUAAGUGUUUUUAUAAAAAUAAAUGAAUUUAUACUUUUAAAAUUGUUUUAUUUAUAAUCCCUUGUCAAGUUUUGCGCCCCUUAAAUGUGGUGAUAAAAAACAAACAGCUUUGCC